AUGCUCCAACAGAGAGGUGCAUCGCUGCUGAGUGUGCGGUUGACGCGCUCAAUGUCGCUGCUGGGCUCGAUAUUCGGCAUCGGUGAAUUUGAGGGAUCCCGCAAUACCGCAUUGGUACGAAAUAUGAGCAAGCAACAGGCAUAUAAGUUGGCGCUGUUGGACUAUGUAAGUAUGAACUCGCACCCGAAGUUCAUGUUGCAAAAUGUCCUAGAAAAUGAUGCGGCAUUCCUCAUGGGCCAUGUAUUGGUGGGCGCCAGUCAGUUCCUUUUCCCACUCAUGCACCAGGACGCGCUCGAAGCAACAGCUAGACUUCAAGCUGCGACUCAGCUCGCCAAACAAGAAAAGACGACGACGAACGAAACAAUGCACGUGUUGGCGUUGGACGCAAUGGUGCACGGUCGUCAUUACGAAGCUGCAGCGGUGUACGAAACUAUUUUGCUGCAUGACCACACAGAUUUACUUGCGCUGCGCUGUUGUUUUGAUAUUUAUCGCUUUCUGAAUGACGAAAAAAACAUGCUUGCGACUGUGACACGUCGACUGCCAUCUUGGUCACCAAGCGACUCUGGUUAUAGUCUAUUGCUGGGUAUGCAAGCGUACGGACUGCAGGCUGCAGGACGGCUAGAUGCAGCAGAAAAUUUGGCAGAAAAGACGCUGUCCAUGAAUGGAAAUGAUCGUUGGGCGUUGCAUACGAUGCUGCACAUUAUCGAGGCUCGAGGUAAUGCCAAUCAUGGAGCAAGUUACGCAAAUCAAUCCAAGGCAGCAUUUGACAACGGUGGACCAUUAGAGCCCCAUCUCUAUUUCCAGUGGGCAUUAUUUAUGCUGGAUUUGGGCCACUAUGCCCGUGUUAACAAGAUGCUAGAGAUUAAUAUUCUUCCGUGUCACCCCGACGGUGCUCCUCAUGCUGUGCCCACUCUAUGCGAUGCUACUCAACUUUACUGGAGACUUCGAUUUGCUGGUCAGGAUACCACAGAGUUAGGUGCACAACUAUUUCGAUAUUGGACUGCAAUAGCAUCGAAUACUGAUGUGAACAAGGACGUCAGUGCACAUUUCCACCCUCUGGCAAGGGUGCUUCAAUAUAGUGUUUUAGCUUGCAUACCAUCUGGCGUUACGCCGCUGAUAGAGCCACUAAGAGCUGAGCCUGCUGUUGACACUGAUCGUCUCAAUAUCCAGCUUGGUCUGCCAUCGGUCCAGUUCAGCUAUCCUUCUGGUUCAAAAAAUCUGAGAAGAGUUUACGAAAGCGUGUGUCAUGGCUUCCAAGCAUAUUCAGAGGCUCGAUAUCAAGAUGCAACUCAAAUGCUGUUGCCUGUUCGUGGAAAGCUCAGAUGUCUUGGUGGAACUGAAGUGGACCAAGACGUGGUUGACCAACUUCUGAUCGAGUGUGCGAGCAAAUGCGAUGAUCUGCGGCUCGCAAAGCUUCUUUUAAAUGAACGUUUGAGCGCAAGACCGCAAAGCGCUCAAUGCUGGAAAACAUGCUCACGAGUAUUCGAGGCAAUGGGAGAUACUUCUGGCGUGCGUGAUGCACAGGGCAUGAGCUACGUUCUGGGACUCGGCCAGGGCGGCAACCAGACCUACUAA